CUGUGGGGUCCCGGAGGGGCUGGGGGCGGCCGUGCCUCGCCUUCUCCCUGGGUUUGGGGUGCGGGAGCCGGGCUCUGAGUGCUUGAGGAAUUUGGGGGCCCGUCCUCUUCUCCCCCCACCUCCCGGCCCAGCCCUUUGCAGCCCCUUGUCCCCAUGAAAAUCAAAAGAACAAGGCUGAGGAGAGGGCUCUAAGCUCCGACACAGCAGGAUUGGGUUUAAAUCCAGCGAAGAUUAACCCUUUGCUGAGCCAGCAAAGCCGCGGGCCCUCGGGGAAGGGAGGGUCGCGGUUGUGGGGACCCCCCCGGGGGCUGCGAGGUGCCCAAGGGCUGGCAGAGAGGGGGUGGCAAGUGUGAGCCCCGCGGCUGGGCCGGGGAAUAUUUUGGGGUGCAGAGAUGGGGGUGCUGCGGGGGCCGAGCCCCGGUGAUGCUGCAGCCGCACCCGGGCCGGGGAGGGGACAGGGCCGGGGUCCGCAGCCCCUAUCCCGCGGCACAAGGUUCCCCAAAUCCCCCCCAGGACACGCGUUUGGGUGUCGGCUGGGCUGUCCCCGCUUCGGCUUUGGGGACCAAUCCCCGAUUUUUUUUUAGGGGGGGCACAGAGGGGUCCCGGCCCGCAGUAUUAGGGCUGGCACCGGGCACCGCGGACCCCCACGAGGGUCGCUCCCCAAAGGCGCAGCGGGGCCGCCGGUGCCGAGCCGGGGGUGCGGGUGGCCGCAGCUCCCUGGGACCCACUCGGGGGGGGGGUUCGGGACCGAUCCUCGGGGCUCUGCCCGUUGGCCGGGGCCGAGAGGGACCAAACAGCACCGAGAAACCGAGUCUGGGGGCAUCGGGGGCGCGGAUUUCGUUGUGUGGAGCCGCGGCCCCAAAACACCGAGUUUUGCGCGUAAAACGAGCGCCGGCAGCGGCUGGGAGCAGCCGGGAGCCGAACCGGAGUGAGCAGAACCGAAUCGAGCCGUGCCCGACGGCGAGGUCCGGUCCUGCUCCCGGCUUUUGGGGGGCUUUUGGGGGGCAAUCCGGGGUGUGUGUGUGUGUGUGUGUGGGUAUAGGGGUGCGUAUGGGCGCAUAGGGGUGCGCAUCGGUGCGCACACGUGUGUGUCCGUGUGUCUGCGUGUGCGUGUAUGAAUUUAUAGGUGUGUGCUUUGUAUGUGCGUGUGUGUGAGCGUGUCCGUGUGUGUGUGAGCGUGUCCGUGUGUAUAUGUGUGUGUGUGUGUGUGUGUGAGUGUGUGAGCGCCGUGUCCCUCCCUCCAGCCACCCCACCCCCGGGGAGGGGAGGGCUGGAGGGGAGGGGGGCUCCGACGGCUCGCCUCGCUCCGGCAGCCCCAGUCUCUCCGGCAAACGUCAGGGAGGUCAUUAAUAACCAAUUAGGAGGGUCAAUGAAGCUCAUAUAUAGCCGGGCGGGAGCCGCCGAGCCGCACGGAGCCCGGCCGCCUCCUCGCCCCCAUGAUGGGCUCGGUGCUGCCCGCCGAAGCCCUGGUGCUCAAACCCGGGCUGAAGCCGCAGGGGCUGGCCCUGGCCGAGGUGAUCACGUCGGACAUCCUGCACAGCUUCCUCUACGGCCGCUGGAGGAACGUGCUGGGCGAGCAGCUCUUCGAGGAGAAGAGCGGCCCCAAAACCGCUUUCACGGCCGAGGUCCUGGCUCAGUCCUUCUCCGGAGAGGUGCAGAAGCUGUCCAGCCUGGUGCUGCCGUCGGAGGUGAUCAUCGCGCAGAGCUCCAUCCCCGGCGAAGGGCUCGGCAUCUUCUCCAAGACGUGGAUCAAGGCGGGCACGGAGAUGGGGCCCUUCACGGGCAGGGUCAUCUCGCCCGAGCACGUGGACCUGUGCAAGAACAACAACCUCAUGUGGGAGGUCUUCAAUGAGGACGGCACGGUGCGGUACUUCAUCGAUGCCAGCCAGGAGGACCACCGCAGCUGGAUGACCUACAUCAAAUGUGCCCGGAACGAGCAGGAGCAGAACCUGGAGGUGGUGCAGAUCGGGAACAGCAUCUUCUACAAGGCCAUCGAGAUGAUUCCUCCGGAUCAGGAGCUGCUGGUCUGGUACGGGAACUCCCACAACACCUUCCUGGGCAUCCCGGGCGUGCCGGGGCUGGAAGAGGAGCAGAAGAAGAACAAGCAUGAGGAUUUCCACACGGUGGAGACGGGGGCCAGCACCACCGGGCGCAUGCGCUGCGUCAUCUGCCACCGCGGCUUCAACUCCCGCAGCAACCUGCGCUCCCACAUGCGCAUCCACACCCUGGACAAGCCCUUCGUGUGCCGCUUCUGCAACCGCCGCUUCAGCCAGUCCUCCACCCUCCGCAACCACGUCCGCUUGCACACCGGCGAGCGGCCCUACAAGUGCCAGGUUUGCCAAAGUGCCUACUCCCAGCUCGCCGGGCUGCGGGCACACCAGAAAAGCGCCCGUCACCGGCCCCCCAACGCCUCCCUGCAGGCUCACUCCCCUGCCCUGCCCGUGCCCCAUCCCGCCUCCCUGGCCCAUCACAUCCCCACCAUGGUGCUGUGAGCCCCCGGCACGGCGGCGGGGGGUUUUGGAAAGCCGCUGCCAACGGGCAAAAGACUGGUGGUGAGACAUGCAAGAAGUCGGGAGCCCUCGGCAGAGCUGGGGGGGGCAGAGGCAGGGCUGCUUUGCGUGGUGAGCUGCUUGAAUUUAGGAGCAUCGCCGGGUGCGUGGGGUGCUCCCCGAGGGUGAGCUGCUUGUCCCCGGGGCUGGCAGGGGGACAGGGGACAGGGGAUGGUGCCUCAACACACAGGGCACGGUGUCUGGUGGAUUUGCUGGUGCACGACAGGAGGGCAGCCUCGAGGCCAUGCCUGGAUGAAUCACACCUGGGUUUUACAGAUAAUUUGACAAAGAAAAAAAUGUUUGUGCCCCUUGUCACUGUCCCAGCAAGCGGCCAGCAGAGAGACGUGGCACGGCCCUGCUGGAGCCAUCAGCUUUCUCUCUGCUGGCCCUUCCCAAGGGACAGAUUUCCCUCCUGGGGAGCCCUGAUUCAGCAAACAGCCGUGUUCCCCCCCAAAGCUGCGUUCAGCCCCGCUGCCUGCCUUCCUCCAGCCCAUGGUGAUGGGGUUGGGGUGCCGUGGUGAAGGGGACAAGCCAAGGGACACCCCCAGCGCUAUGUGCCCACCGGCAAUGCCCAGCCACGGGCAGGUUUUGUGGGGUGCUGCUCCAGCAUCGCUGCCCCUCGCUCCCUGCAGCCCCGAGGGAACAUUUCGGGUUUCCUUCUGCUGCCCUCUGGGGACAGAAAUCCCGUCCCUGGGCCAGCUCCGUCCCCAAGGACAGCUCUAAGCGCCCUCUGGAGUCCUGCCACAUGCGAGAGGAGCCGUGUAUCAUAAGGCUUGAAAGAAGGUAUUCUAAUAUUAAUUAUAAGUCUAAGGUGUAUAAAGUUCUCACAAACUGUGUUUUACUUCCGGAAAAAAAAAAAAAAAAAAAAAAAGGAAAAAGAAAAAAACUGUCACUUUAACUUUGUAAAUAUUUAUGUAAAACAUUAUUUACAAAACUUUGAUAUUAUAUAUUAUUUGAUUGUAUAUGUACACAGUGUAAAUACAUUUGUACCUCUCUCUUGUAUUCUAAAUAAAAAUUACUUGGAACAUUUAUCAUUUAGAAGAUGGAUAGUUUGGAGGGCUUUAUUUUUGCUCCGUGCUGGGUGGAAGAACGUAGUGGGCAGGAAGAGUUAAGUUUCAAAUAACGUGAGGGAAUUAAGUGGCAAAAAAGAUGUAGCACUGGGUGUUAGACCAGGCACUGAGAAGAGGAAAGGUCGGCUCCGGGAAACAAAAACCCUUCUGCGGGUCGAAAGAGAAGGGAUGUGUCCGUGCUGGUAACAGAUGGGGUGGCACUAGUUGGGCUGCCUCCACUUUACAGUCUGUUUAGAAGAAAAACUGUUGAUAUCUUUUAAAAUCUUCUCUGAAAUGAUAGUUGUAUUUCAGCUGAUACAGGCUACAGGUGCAAGCCUUGCUUGAAAUAUUUGAUUUUGGUCCUGAGGAAGCGAAGCAUUCAAGGAAGGUCAGCCCUGGCUUCUCUGUA